GCAGAGCCUUCCUUAUUGAGGUGCGGCAUGGCUUUCUGUGGUGAUGACGAGAUAUGGCUGAUUGAUUCUGUCAAGAAGGUCAUCAUGUGCCGUUCUUGCGCUAGAUGCGCUACAAUGACCUAUUCUGUUGCUCUAUUGCCAAUGCACAUUGACAAGUCCCUGGUUCGCAGCUGAUAAUGCAACCCUAUUGCCGUUCCCCCAUCAUCGCUGGAGGUUGUUUAUCUACCUAGGUACCUAACAACUACAUACCUACAGAGGUACCUAAGCAAAGCGACCACAUACAAGAGAGCCCUCUUCCCCAGAGAUAGCUGAGCUGGCAACCCCAACAUCCUUUGUUGAAUCUGAGCCUUCCACUUUCAUCCAUAAUCUCACCAACCUACCUGUGAGACGGCUGGUCAGCAUCCAUCAUUCAGUCUACAGACAAUACUAAGCGUUCAUUCCCUCCUCCCUCAUUAAUCGUUGUUUCCGGGCAUAAUAUCACGUUUGCUGAAAGUGUGACGACGUCUGCAGACAUCAUAUCAGUCCGCCUGAGACAGACGGUACAUCCUCCGGCCUUUUUACUAAACACUCACGCAUUGCGUCUGUCUCGCGACUUACGCAUACGUCUCUAUAUCUAGGGAUUGCUUAGUAGUUCCUAUAUCGUGCCUUAUUAUCCCAGCUGUCGCGCAAUCCGAUAGUCGCAGCUUUCCGGGUCGAUUGCGGCAGGUUAUUGGCUGACUUAUUGCGGGCGUUGCAUCUCCGCUUUCGGCUCCUCGCUCACUCAUACAUUCAAUCAAUCACGACAACCAAGGCCCGAGUCACCAGGUGUCUCCAACUCCGUCCUAUUUAUUAGCAUCGUGUGCCCCGACCUCGCCCACCUGAAAGAAACCAACAUCCCGUCUGUUCCAUUGAGACCACAAGCUGUCUCUCGGAUUCAUCGAUCAAGCUUCGCAACGAACAAACUCAGCAAUAAACGCUAUUAAUAAAGCGGCUCUUUCUCAAACUGCCCAUCAACUACUGGCUAUUAAUCCGGCUAAAAUUGGCUUACAUGACACUUACACGCCCUAGUUCCUGUUGUUUGGCUUUACGAAUCGACAUCCGAUUUAUACAUACCGCCUUCUUCCGUGACCGAACAAAUUACAGCACGGUAUCUACCCCACGCGGCGGAUCUUUCGUCAACAUUCCGGUUCCUAGGCGGUAACGAAUUAUUGAGUCAAACUCUCAUCCGUGGAUUUUCACCAGGAGGAAAUUUUCGUCUCAUCGAGAUCUAAACUGCCCAGACUUUCCCAACUUGAUCUCGAACAGAAAAGAAAACCGAUAUUGAGCCAUUCGUCUUUCACCUACCGGACAUUCUUUUCAUUGAGGAAAUUCUGCCCUACUUCGAGUCAGUUGGUCUCAGCUUGUUCAACCAUUGUUCGUCUCCAUCUACAACACUACUAGGCACUCGGGGAAUUUAUCGCCCUGUCGUCCUUGCACACGCCCAUGCGCGUUUUCGACCACAAUUUGCCACUUUGUUGCACCCUGCUAUCACACAAUUCUGGAAUUUCUCCAGACGCGGUCAAGCUCAAAGGAAAAUUUUGCAACCUUUUCCCUUUUUCUACCCCUUGUUGAUCGAAUCAAGGAGUAGGUUAAGGGGAUCUUUGGAGCCUAGUGCCUCGAUAAGACCCCCGCAGUCGAACCACACUGAAGGGGCGUUUCUCAACCUGACCGCAGCAGCCCCAACUGCCCUAAAUAUCUACACUCUCCACUGAUUUACAGUGGUACCGAGUACAGACGGUGAAGGCUAUACUGGUGCUAUACUCAUAUCAUAUCACCUGGCCCCCCCAUCUCUCAGGAUCCUUUUGAGGAUUGUUUUUUUUCUCUUAGCCAAGUUCUCCAUCCUUAUCCCUUCAUAUUUUGUUUGUUCAAUUACACGCGAUGCAUCACAGCCGGAAAAAGUCGGGCCACGGUCUGCCCAAUUCAUCUGCGACCGAUGUCCGAAAAGCAGUCACCGCAACCGAUCCUGCGAAGUACAAGAGGCCCGUCAUGACACGAAGGCACACACCACAAAAGCUCGGUCGCAGUCAGCGUGAACGUGAACGGGAAUGGACAGAGUCUUGGGAAGAUGAAAGGGAGAGUUUCCCACAAUUUUGUAUGACGUGCGAAAAGCAGUUCAUCCCUCAUGACGACAUGUUUCUUUACUGCUCCGACAAGUAAGUUCUAUUUCCAUGAGUGGUGGGCCUUGCCCUUCCUGCCUGGUUGAACCGCUCUGGUCCAGAACGGUGCUAAUGAUACACUGCAGCUGUCGCAGAGUUGAUCAGACAGCAUCGUCACAGCCCACCUCUUCGGUCCGUCAUUACGCGUCCUCAAACUAUCCUUUCCAUUCUGCGGGAAACUCGGAGCCCAAAGACAUCAUCCCUCGAGCAUCUCCUUCACGGCCCAGCUCCAUGAUUUCGAGUUCUCCACCAGCCACUCCGGGAACCGGAGCACCGAACUUCCAACACACUUCGGCCAUUUCGGCUCUCCGUUCUCUCAAUGUCCGCCCCCCAAGCCCUCCGUCGCCUACAGGCAGCUCCAACAACCUGUGGCCUUUUAGCCGCAGUGCAGCAACCAGCCCAUAUAGCUCGUACAGCCGUCCUUCGGCCCCAUAUCUGUCAUCGACAUAUGACGGGGGUUACUACGGCGCUGGAGGUAGUGGAUACAACUACGAGGCAACAUCAGGCGGCAUGGAUCGGCCACUCCCUUCUCGCCAUCCCAGCACCUACUCUCGGCCCAGAAGCAUUGAACUGGUGACACCCAUGGUCAGUAGAUGACUGGCGCGCUCCGCUCUCUAGCCAUGGGCGCCUACUACCCAACAAAAGUCUGUACAAACUUCAGUACAUUGCGGAACUCGAGAACAGCUCGGAAGGGCUAGUAGCACAGAGUGUUCUGCUGGAUGGGCGGUGUCUCACUUCACGGCCGGAGCUUCGGUCAUGAACCCCGGCGAGUUUGGCCUAUCCAAACAGGACCGCAAAAGUCUAAUUUUGCGGGGUUUGCAUCAAGCUCACAGGGGUAUUCAGCGCCCUUGCAACAGGGGCUAAAAGUUGAGCAAGCUGGACCUUCAGAAGACAAGGUCCAGGCCCUCAUUUCGUACUCGGUACCGAAUAGAGUACAGCACGCAGUACGGGGGUCGGUAUAUUGUCGAGAUUCAUUGUUUCUUUUUCACAUUGCAUAUUCGGGGACGGUAUGGCUACCGACCGUCUUCCUGGCGCUCAAAAGUUUCUCUCUUUCGCAUCUCCAGCAUUUAUCAAUCUCAGAAUGGGAUGGAUUUUACCAUGUUAGUUUUCCAUUUUGAUAUCCUCCAUAUAAUCUUUGCUGUUGGACCCUCUUUGGGAUUGUUGGUUAUUUUGCACACUCGAAAAGUUGUUGCCUCAUCGAUCUGUUGUGGACACACUUCUCCGCAGACAGAUAACUCAUCAGUCCCAAUUUGAAGCAGAGUAUGGGUUGAGGGCCCCGGUUUCUGCGACAAGUUAGGUGUAAGACAACGGCUGCUUGGGCUAAGCUGGGGUUCUGGCGUUUCUUCUUAUCUGUAUAUUGAUUUCAAUUACCAUGAGGGUGAGUUCACGCUCUGGCACGGCAAAGCAAAGUAAACAAGGCACGAGACGAGAUUACACGGCAUCCCUACGAAAUUAUUAGCAUGAGCAACGGCAUUUGGGAAGCGGGUACGGCGUACCUGAGCAAUUGUAUAAGUUGAACAUUUUCUAUUCUUGGCAGGCUUUCUUGUGGACUCAGCGAGGGAUCUUUGAGCAUAAACAUACAAGCAUGUCUGAUCAUGUCUGUCUAUAUGUACCUGGUCAGCAACGGAGGCUCAACAGCCGCGUGGUUUCCAUUUUCUUCUUCUUCUUCUUCUUC